AUGGACGCCGCGAAAUUCUACAGACACCAUCCACCGAGUUUCGGGCCCAGUUGGCUGAUCUAUCGAUUGUUGCUGGCUGACGCGAAACUGAGACGCGCGAUCAAUUUGGGCACGCACUGCUGGUUCGUCACGUGUCUCACCUGGGUUAUGAUCCUGAUCGUCCUCGUCUUCUUGCUCGCGGGCACCAGGGCGACCGCCACGAUCGAAAAGGAUUUUCUGACGCUGAGAAAGGAAACGGAGAAGAAAAUCCCGCGAAAGAAAAGCGUGACGGACAUCAGACCAGCUUACAACUGCAUUCAAAAGCACCUGCAGCAGACCGACGUGUUCCAGGAGAAGACGAAGAAAAUGAUCCGCAAGGAACGCUUGGAGCUGGAAAUCUUGGGCAGCAGAAUCAACUGUAUCAACAAAUUGUUAAAACCAGAGGCGCAGUCUGAAUGGCGACGAAGCAAGUUACCGAAAGUGUAUUAUCGUUUCAUUAACUCAUCGAAGUAA